AUGUUGGUUUCAUGGAACAGAUUAAUCCGCUUCGUGGCUACUGAUGGCCGAGUGCUACGUGGCGAGCCAAUUCUUCCCAAUCCGAAUUUUGACUUGGGUCAAACAGAUGAAAAGACCAAGCUACAGGCAAAAGUGAUCAUUGGAGAUGAUAUCUACGACACCACCGGCAAAACUAGAGUGUCUGAUGAGGUUGUCACAGUAAAAACACUGCUAGGCCCUCUCGAGCGGAAUGACGUUGACAUUCUCCGCUGCGUUGGCCUAAACUAUGCAAAACAUAUACAAGAAGCUGGAAGAAGUCCUCCACCGUUCCCUUUUAUCUUCUUCAAGCCCAAUACAUGCAUUCAUGAUUUUGGCGCUGAUGUUGUUAUCCCAAAGAUUGCGCAGGAUGAUCAAGCUGACUACGAAGGUGAGCUUGUUCUAGUUAUUGGCAAGGAUGCGAAAGAUGUUAAUCUUGAUGAUGCUCUGGAUUACGUGGCUGCAUAUACAGCCGGCAACGACAUCUCUUCGCGCAAACUUCAGCGCGAUCCAAAGCUGGCCGGGGUAGUGCCUCAGUGGGGUUUCUCGAAAGGCUUUGAUACGUUUGCUCCUCUAGGUCCUGUUCUAGUGAGACCUGACCUGAUUGGAGAUUAUAAGGAAUUGCUGCUGCAGACAAAAGUAGAUGGUGAUAUCAGACAAAAGGAGUCUCUGAGUGAUCUGCUGUUUGACUGUAGAUAUCUCAUCUAUUACUUGUCUCAAGGCACAACCUUGUGCAAAGGUUCAGUGAUUAUGACGGGAACUCCGGGAGGUGUAGGUGCCAGUCUGAAACCUCCAAAGUAUCUUGUCCCGGGCACGAUCAUGGAGGUCGUGAUUAGUAAGAUCGGAACUCUGAAGAACGUUGUACAAUUUGCAUAG